AUGUCUGAGUUACUUUCACCUGCUCCGGUGCCAACUUUAACGAAAUCAAAAUUGAGCACAGAAACGAUUGUUAAUAAUAAUAGCUCGGCAGUAAUAAAACAACAACUACUACAACAAAAAUUAAUAAGGGAAGAAACAAUUACCCAAGAACAGGAAAAUGCAAAUGAAGACUAUAAAAGAACCUCUACAGACUCGGUCACUUCGACACAAACUACUGACACUACUUCCUCUAUAGGAUCAAUAAAUGAAACAUCAGACGGCAUCACCGAAAAUACAACAACAACAAUUCCAGAAUUAACAGCCACAGCACCCGAAUCUCCUGUAGAAAUACGUGUUACAUCGCCGGGAGUUGUCGAAACGACAUUGAAACGAAGAUCUAUUAUGGGUGGAAAUGGUGGUUCAGAUGACGAUGAUUUACUUGAUCCCGGGAUUCGCGUACAAAAUGAUGCAGCAGAAGAGGAACUACACAUUGAAACGGAUGAUCCAUCACAUUUGUUUUGGGUACCGGCUCACUUGCACCCGGAAAUUGCGCCAAAUGAAUUUAGAAAGUGGCUGCAAAAUCAUGCUAAAGAUGGGUUUAAUGCGGGACCAGGUUCUUUACGGAGACGAAAAUCUACUCUUUCACAUCAGUAUAUACCACCAGAGAAUGGAGACGUGGAAGAUGAAGACUCGUCAAGAAUAGUUGCUAAGAUUGCAAAGAAAAACGAAAAUCCUGUUGAUGGAUUUGAUUGGGAAUCGUAUGGUGCUUCUGAGGGUAAUAUUAGUCCAACGUCUGAAUCGAGCAAAUUAAAUAUUCUGAGACGAAGUCUCAGUUUGAAUUUAACACCGUUUAUGGAAUCAUCAAUAUUUGAUCAAUACUCAUCGCCCAAUGUCGAUUCUGAUGUGCUGGUUCCGAGAAUGGCACCCGCGCUAAAACGUGCUGCAAGAACAAAAAUUCGAAGAAAUUCUGUAGCCGGAGCACAUGAUCCUCGUAAAUUUUCUGCACAUAGGCGCACAAAGUCAACUCACAUAGUUUCCGAAAAACAAAAACAGGCAGUUCCCGGUGCAUCAUCCUUAUCUUUGUCGCAUAAAUUGUCACAAUCGAAUAAUGAAUCUUUGGUAGGAUUGAAAAUUGGAGUUAAUAAUGGUGAAGGAUCAACAAUUGAGAAUAAUAAUAAUGAAGAAAAAGACACUGAACUUGCACCUGAACCUCGUAGAACAAGUUCACUAUCUCCUAAUGCAAUUGAAGUCGGCGAUACUCUACAAGAAGGACGAAUACCAAUUUCAGAACAGACGAGAAUCUCACUAAAUGUUGUAAUAUUAUCGAAAAAAAUAAUGUCUGGGAAAAUAUCACCUACAUCACCCACUUCUACUACUGCAGAAACAGCUACUAACACGCAAAUUAUAAAAAGAUCGUCAACUUGGUCCUCAUGGCUUCCGUGGUCAGGAAAUCCUGAAGAAACAAGAGCAAAAAAAUUAUCGAAAUCACAUAACAAAGAAGCAAAAAUUGAUCGAGAAGCUAAAAUAGAAAAAGUUAAAUUCGUCGAUAAUAAACCGAUUAAAGAAGUCGAGAAUAACAAUGUUAAUAGUAUUGAAACUGUAGUCAAAGAAAAAUCAUCAAAGAUAUCUUUUUCCUCGAUAUUUCCAUGGAAUAAUAAAACUAAAGUCGCUGAGGAUGCUUUUCCUUCAAGUACAGCUUCGACGUCCACGCCCGCUACUGCUGCUACCACUGCCGCCGCCACAGUACAAGUCAUAAACAAAAAACCAAAAUACACAAAUUAUAAUCGAUUACCAAUACAUAUGGAACGAGCGAUAUAUCGUCUAUCACACGUGAAACUUGCUAAUCCACGACGUCCAUUACAUGAGCAAGUUCUUAUCUCGAAUAUGAUGUUUUGGUAUUUAUCAUUAAUUAAUAAACAGCAGGCAGAAUAUGGAGGAAAUCAUCCACAAGCAGAUAAAGAAGCAAAGAAAGUUAAAAGCAAAGUAGGAAAAGAGAGAGGUGGUAAACGAAAACGCAAUAAUAAACAAGCUGGACAAUCCAGACGUGUAUCAGAGAUUGCAUACAAAGCACCACAAUAUGAUAUGCAACAGGCACAAAUUGCCCAACAAUAUCUAUCGCCUCACUCCCCGUCUGCUCAAGAUGUUAGUGGAUCAUCACCUUUUAUAAAUGGCGCUGAAGCUGACUCUACUGAUGAAAAUAGUGAUUGUGAAAGUGGUGAAGAAUUUCCAGCACACACUUAUCAUCAUUAUAAUAAUGGGUAUACAUCCGACGGCACAAGUGGUGGAUAUCUCGAGGAUGAUAAUAAUAGUAAGAAGAAAAUGACCGGUGACCUUUCUGGUGCAAAUGGACAGCAGGGACAUGCCGAGAAUAAUGGUAAAGGAAAUAGUAACGAAGAAAACGCUAAUGGAUCUAAAAAUAUAAAUAAUGGUAAUUAUAAAAGACCACCUCCCAAUACACGUCCAAUUUCAAAUGCUGGACGCCCCGUAUCACCCAAUGGAAGACCAAAAUCACCAAAUGGACGUUCAAUUUCACCAACUUCAAAUUCAGCUUCUCGUCGCUCUCAUCCUCAAGAGGCUAAUCGCCGUCCUAUUAAUUCAGCAGCAAUAAAUGCAAGGUCACCGAGCGCUGGUUCGCUUCUUGCAACUGGUGUUAGCACGGGAAGUGUUGGUAUUCAUGAUGAACUUUCAUGUAAACACUUUUCUAUUUCAUUGACAAGACCACACGAAACAUUAAAAGAGAAUCAAGUGGUUAGUCAAAGGAAAGUGUCUCGGAUGCAAAAAGAUUUUGGGUUGAAAUAA